AUGUACAUAGAGAACACAGUCCGAUAUCAAGCAAAAUCGCAAGAAGCUGGCGAAGAAUAUGCCAUGAUGCUCCCGCCGGGAGGCCACCUAGUGCGGGACUCGCAAGGGCAAGUGUAUACCGUAGCCAUGUUCCACCAGAUGCGGUGCCUCGAUAUCAUCCGCGAGGACUACGCUACCCGCCGGGCAUCGCCAUUGCGCAUGCAUUGUCUGAACUACUUACGGCAGUCAAUCUUGUGCAUGGCCGACACUCGCUUGGAGUCAAUACUCCAGACUGGCAAUAGAACCGUGAGCCUGUCCUCCGACUACGUAUGUAGAGACUGGACCGCGCUGUACGCGGCCGUAGAAGCCAACGGAAUCUAA